GGUCAGGCUGAGCUGGUUGCUGGGUUUGUUGAAGGACAUCGGCUGCGGAAUUUGUGAUUUGGGCGAAGACUGAAGUCAUGGCUGGUGCAGAAAGUGAUAGCCAGUUCCAGCUCACUGGUAUUAAAAAGUAUUUCAACUCUUGCACUCGCACAGGUAGAGUGAAUUGUGUCCUAGCCACACAUGGAAGCUUUGCUUUGUUGGUCUUUUACUUCAAGCUGAGACCUAAAAAAACUCCUGCUGUGUAA